CAACAUCUGAACACCAUAUCGCGGCCCAUGACUGCCUGCUAUCUGCUCGUAGACAGAAUAAAAUGGAGGCAAGUGAUCCUGCCAUGUCUCUACUCACUACACUCUAUCGACACCCGAGACUCGAUGACAAGCGGCGUGAAGUUUUCCCAGUUGCUGAUUGAGAAACGGUGCCUCAAACUCGAAACAGACCCCGCGAGUCGAGUCUCCUUUUCAUGGGUGGCGCAAAUAGAUCCAAGUGUAGAGGAUUCGGCGAUUUAUUGCCGAAGGGGUAUCCCACAGUGGACCCAUGAAACAAGCGUAGGCCAUAGCUCAUGGUCAAAGUGCCAACUAGCAAAGAGUUGACAAAUUCUUCAAAGACGUCGUGACCCCUCUCUACGAUGUUGGCAAACGUGUAGAUCUUCUUCGGAUCCGGAUACCCCAUUGCUAUUCUAAGGGAAAUCCAAUAUAUCGCAUGCUCCAGCAUUGAGUCCCUUGACCGUGGUUGAUAGCCGCUAGUGCAGGACGCUAGACGCUAAAUCUCUUCCAAAACGGGCGCUAGAAGGGAAGCGCGAUGCUUCAUCAGGUUGACCCUUGCUAGCAAUCUAUAUCGAGAAACAUACCCAUAGAUUCGUGGGGGGCGACUAGGAACAUCUAAGCUAUUGGAAUUGAAGUGGCCAAUGAUGAAUCAGGCAUUUCGCCGAUAUAAUGAUGCGUCGACGAGGAACUAUAGUGACAAGAGGUUAUUAAAUACGAGUGCAAACCGCAACACUUGGGCUCCAUCAUCAGUCUUUCGUUACUCAGUUGUCUCUGUACAUACUUCCACUCGAUUUUUUCUCAUUACAUUAAUAUCCUACCAACCUACACACCUAAUCAUGAAGACGACCGCCCUCGCUGCGCUGGUGUCCCUCACCACGGCCGAAUACAUCUGGCCCGACAAAUACGACCAGAUCGAAGAUGUCUUCACCCUCCAAGGCGGCUUCAACAAGAAGGGCUUCAUAGACCCCAUUCAAUCCUGCGGCUUCGGCCAGAACCAGCCGGGCCGCCAAAACACCGCCGAAUGGGUCCGCACCGCAUACCACGACAUGUCGACCGCCGACGUCGACGCAGGAACCGGCGGGCUAGACGCAUCCAUUAUGUUCGAGACGGAGCGAGGGGAGAACAAAGGCGACGCCAUGAACAACACACUCGCGCAUUUCCAAAACUACUACACCUCGCGCACCACGGCGGCGGAUAUGCUGGCGCUCGCCGUCGUAGGCUCCAUGGCCGUCUGCAACGGCUACGAGAUCCCGUUCCGCGUCGGCCGCGUCGACGCAACAGAAGCAGGCCGAAAGGGCGUACCGGAACCCCAGCAAGACCUCUCCUCGCACAUCGCCAGCUUCGCAAAGCAAGGCUUCUCCCAGUCCGAAAUGAUCGAGCUCGUCGCCUGCGGGCAUUCCCUCGGCGGCGUCCACGCCUCGAAUUUCCCAGAGCUCACUUCGCAAACGGUCCAGCAUUUCGAGCAGAGCGACUCGUUCGAGAAGUUCGACAACGCCGUCGUCACCGAGUUCCUCGACACCAACACCACGAACCCGCUGGUUGUCGCCGCCAACGACACCAUGAACUCCGAUAAACGCAUCUUCGCGUCCGACGGGAACAAGACCAUGCAUGCGCUGGCCGAUGCCACGCAUUUCCAGGAACGCUGCCAGGAUGUGCUCGCGCGCAUGAUCGAUACGGUGCCCAAGGACGUGGUGUUGUCGGAGCCCAUCAACCCCAUCGACGUGAAGCCGUAUAUCAACCUCCUCGCGCUCAACCACAACGGCACCAUCGAUUUCUCAGGCUACAUCCGCGUGCGGUAUGGCAAGGGGACCGACCGCCCCGACGUAAACGACAUCGCGGUCCAUCUAUCGUACAAGAACCGCGCGGGCAACGCCGUCAACGAAACUAUCCAAACAACACGCCCGGUCUGGUCGGAUGGCAUCGGAUCCGGAUUCAACGGCGCAAACUUUGUCUACUUCGAGUGGACGGCGGAGAUAGACGCCGACGCGGGGAUCAGCGGGUUCAACGCGUUUGUGACGACCAAAUCCACCGGCGAUGUCGUCGAGCACGACAACGGCGGGAACGGGUUCCCUGUUCAGGACACGGUUCUCUACCAGCUGGAGCAGAGCUGCAGCUCGUACUCUGCUGCUGAAGGCGGCAAGCUCAACAUUGUAGCCGCUGUACGCACCGACGCCGUCUCCGGUACCAAGCUCGACUUGCACUUCUCGAAGAAGGUGCCCAGGCAAGGUGUCAUUAUCCCCGGCCUCGAGACGCAGAUUGAGAGCUUCAAGGAGUCGGAGAAGACUUUGUCGGGAUACAGAUUCUUCGACAUCCAGGACAUGAGCAUCAAUGCGGCGAGUCUGAGCACCGAUUUCGACGUUGUGCUGAGCGGAGGAGAAAAGGACGUGAAUGUGGGGUUCUUGGAGUCGAACGGUCUCAUUAACCGGGAUUGCGUUGCUUUGUGA